AUUAUUGCAAGAGCUCACAUGCAUUCCUCUCUUCUUGCCAUCAGAUGAAGCCAGGAGGAUUAACUGACACACACACACACACACACUGACACACAACACAGAGUCAUCCAGGCAGAGGGAAGCAAGGCGGCCAUGAUGGUGUGCAGGCUGCAGGCUCGGAGGCCAAGGGUCUGCCGCGUCCCGCCUUUAGGAUGGCCGCUGACGGCUCCACCAUUCCCAGCCCUGUGGUGCGCCAGAUCGACAAGCAGUUCCUGAUCUGCAGCAUAUGUCUGGACCGCUACCACAACCCCAAAGUGCUGCCUUGCUUGCACACCUUUUGUGAGACACGUCCAUCCUGCCCGAGAAGGGCGUGGCGGCCUUGCAGAACAACUUCUUCAUCACCAACUUGAUGGACGUCCUGCAGCGCUCGCCGGGCAGCUGCAGCCAGGAAGCCGCCGCCCUCAACGACAUCACCACGGUGGCGGCGGGGCAGCUGCUCUCCUGCCCCAACCAUGGCGGCAAUGUGAUGGAGUUCUACUGUCCGCCGUGCGAGACGGCCAUGUGUCAGGAGUGUACGAGUGGCGAGCACGGAGAACAUCCCACUGUGCCUCUUAAAGACGUGGUGGAGCAGCACAAGGCCUCCUUGCAGGGCCAGCUGGAUGCGGUCAAGAGGAGGCUUCCUGAGAUUGAUGCCGCCCUGCUGACUUUGUCCGAGAUCCUGCAGCGGCUGACGGGUCAGAAGAGCUCCAUCGAGGAGGACAUCCACGCCGCCUUCGACGAGCUGCAGAAGACGCUUAACGUGCGCAAGAGCGUCCUGCUCAUGGAGCUGGAAGUCAACUUCGGCCUCAAGCAGAAGGUGCUUCAGGCCCAGCUGGACAGCCUCAUGCAGGGCCAGGAGGGCAUCCACAGCAGCUGCAGCUUCACCGAGCAAGCCCUGAGCCACGGCACCGAGGCCGAGGUCCUCCUGGUGAAGAAGCAAAUGAGCGAGCGUCUGGCCGAGCUGGCGGCACGAGACCUCCCCCUGCGGCCCGGAGAGAACGACCAGCUGGACUUCCACAUCGAGACGGAGGGUCUGAAGAAGUCCAUCCACAACGUCGGCACUGUAGUAACCACCAACGCCGUGGCGUCUGAGACGGUCGCGACCGGCGAGGGGUUACGACACUGCGUGGUAGGGGUGCCUACCUCCAUCACCAUCACGACUAAGGACAAAGACGGGGAGCUUUGCAAAAUGGGCAACGCCGUCCUCACCGCCGACAUCUCCUCGGCGGACGGCGGCAAAGGAGACGGGGAGAUAGUGGACAACAAGAACGGCACCUACGAGUACCUGUUCACAGCCCCGAAAGAGGGUACCUUCAGCUUGUCGCUGCUUCUCUAUGAGCAGCACAUUAAAGGCAGCCCCUUCAGGACCAAGGCCACCAAGUCUACGGACGUGUCCACGGCCUCCGACGGCGUCAAGAAGAGGCUGAAGUCGCCGGGCAGCGGACACGUCAAACAGAGGGCCAUCAAGAGGCCGGCCAGUAUGUACAGCACCGGCAGGAGGAAAGAGAACCCCAUAGAGGACGAUCUCAUCUUCAGGAUAGGCACCAAAGGGCGAAACAAAGGAGAGUUCACAAAUCUUCAGGGCGUGGCUGCAUCUCUUGGCAAAGUGUUGAUAGCUGACAGCAACAACCAGUGCGUGCAGAUUUUCUCUAACGAGGGCCUGUUCCGAACUCGUUUUGGGGUCCGGGGCAGGACUCCCGGUCAGAUGCAGCGACCCACCGGAGUGGCUGUCCAUCCGAGUGGCGACAUCAUCAUUGCUGACUAUGACAACAAAUGGGUCAGCAUUUUUUCUAGUGAUGGCAAGUUUAAGAACAAGCUCGGCUCAGGGAAGCUGAUGGGCCCAAAAGGCGUGUCGGUGGACAAAAACGGUCACGUUAUCGUGGUCGACAACAAGGCCUGCUGCAUCUUCAUCUUUCAGGUCAACGGCAAGCUGGUCACUAAGUUUGGCAACCGUGGCAACGGUGACAAGCAGUUUGCAGGGCCUCACUUUGCCGCUGUCAACAGCAACAAUGAAAUCAUCAUCACGGAUUUCCACAACCACUCAGUCAAGGUGUUCAACACAGAGGGGGAGUUCCUUUUGAAGUUUGGCUCUAACGGCGAGGGUAACGGCCAGUUCAACGCCCCCACAGGAGUGGCGGUGGACGUCAACGGGAACAUCAUCGUGGCAGACUGGGGGAACAGCAGGAUACAGGUGUUUGAUGGCAGCGGUUCUUUCCUGUCCUACAUCAACACGUCAGCUGACCCGCUGUACGGCCCUCAGGGUCUGGCUCUUACCUCAGACGGACACGUGGUGGUGGCCGACUCGGGAAACCACUGUUUCAAAGUCUACCGCUACCUGCAGUAGCCCGCACAAACUAUACCGCACCGUACUACACAGUAGAGUACACACUUGUACACUUGUAAGUAAGGGGUAUGUUUGCACUCGUCCACCUUCACCUGUUGUGUCAUUGUGCCAUUUGUGUGACUAUUUCAUCAAUUUGGUCGUGAAUGACGCUUAUUUUCAUGCUUUUUAGGAGUCGCGCUAAACAACGUACAUCUUUCAUGAUAACUAUAGGCUGAAAAUGUGGUUUAACAAUAAUCCCAGCAAUAUCCUGGCUGUACGGCUUCAAAUUCUUAUGGUUUGCUUGAAAAGUAUGCAAGAAGACGUAUUGGAGCUGAGCAGCAAAAAAACAAAAAUCAAGAGAAACAUUUUGAAAUAAUGAUUACGUCAAAUAAAAAAACUAAAUUUAAAUGUUAUAAAUAGUAUCCGAUUAUUUGCUAAAAAUAGUGUCAAAGCCGCUAAAUUUGGUGAUCCCUCCUGCUUUGUCUUCUUAUCCUCUGACAGACCACAUUAAUGUGUUUGAGAGCAAAGGUGAACAGGUAGCACCAAAUCUGUCCAAAAUUGUUAGUGGCAGGCUGCCAAAAUUAACUAAAUGUAUGGGAAACACUGCUGUAUAAUUGCACUAAUAUUUUUUUUUUGUUUUCUUAAUAUUUUGGUCGACUUAACAUUAGUAUUAAGGCCAAGCUAAAACACAUAUAAAAAAUUAACGAACAGAAUACAAAUUAAUAUAGAUUAUGAGACUUAAGGGAUAUUUUUUAACAGGAAAUUGUCAUGGCUCAUGAGUAAAACAUUGUUAAUAGAAACAACAACAAAAAAGGGAUAGUUCAAUAAAUAAAUUAUGAAUGAUUGAAACCAUGUUUUUAUUCUCCUCACUUCUGCUGUAGUCUGACUGAAUUAUCAUCAUUCUAAGAACAUACAACUUGGAAAAACAGGAUUCAAAAACAUGGAAGAUGUCUUAAAAAUGUGUCAUUUUACGAGAAUAAACCAUCAUUUUCCACACACACAUAUUUUCUUCCCUCAUAAUAUGAAUUCUAAACUGUGGCGCUUCAAGUUGUCAUCAAUAACAUUUAUCAUGACGUACACAAAGUACCUUAACUAACCUCAAAAUGUGGAGAUACAUGCUCACUAAAUACGGUCUUAAAAUUUAGUUUGAAGUGUUAAUCAGAGCCAAAAACAUGCAUGUAAUACACAAGACGGAUAAUGCAAAACUCGGCAUGGCUCUUCGCCUCGUGGCUUGCAACAAGCUUUUUUUCUAGCUGCCAUGUAAGCCGGAUUUUUGGCUCCCUCAACACAGUAUUGUAGAUUGUCAGGUAUUUACUAAAAGGUACAUGCAUGCAGGUAUUGCUGAUAAACUGACAAUAUUCCCUAAAGAAGCACUGUGGCAUUUAUUGUGUAGAAAUGAUACGCCAAUGUUGCGUUCCACAUUUUUUCUGACAAAAGUGUGCUUUCAUUGAGUUAGAAAACAAUCACGUUGUUGUGAUGUUUGACAGACAUAGACCACCAAGUGCAAUCUGCUAUGUGUAUUGAUUUUAAGAUCAGAUAAUCCACUUAUUUUUUUGAGUUGUGGCCCACAAUUUGACUUUUUCUGUCAAUUGCAUUAUUUUGCUGCUUUGCAGGCUUUCACGAAACAUCCUGUUUGUGCUCUUUUCACUGAAGAACUACUAACCACUUGUAUUGCAGUUAAUAACAGUUGUUUACCUAAAGAUGUAGCUACACUUAUUAAAGUCAGUUAAUUAGACAGUGUAAAAUUUCCAAGUAGGAAAUUUGCAUUUUUUUUUUUUUUUUUUUACACAUUCCUGUUAAGUUAUUUGUUUUCCAUUGUCUUGUUUAUAUUUGUAAUGUCAAAUUGAAAUAAAGUGCCCACUGGAAAUAAA